GCGGGGUAAAAUUUGAGAAAAUCAGCAACACAUCAGGGUCGAGCGAGAGGAUGUCUGACAAUCCAUGGGAAACAGACGAGACCAAGAGCGGUCUCGUCUCUAUUGGCAGCCACCGCUUGCAGUUGAGCGUUGCUGGGCCGCCUAGAAAGCCAAAUGAACCGGCGGUUGUCAUCAUGGCUGGUCUGACAAGCAGUGUGCUUGAAUGGCCAGCUACCAUACGUCUCUUGAGCAAAUUUGUGCGCACAUUCUCUUAUGAGCGAUCGGGAUUUGGUGCUAGCGACAACGCUCCAGCAGAAGUACAGCCUACAUCUACUAGAAUGGCACUUGAUUUGGAUCUUCUUCUCAAAGCCGCCGACAUCAAGCCGCCAUACAUCAUAAUCGCACAUUCGUAUGCAGGGAUCACGUCGCGCGAGUUCAUUCAUCUACACAAAGACAGUUUGGAUGACAUCGCUGGCGUUGUUUUUGUUGAUGCGAAUACCGAGGAGACACCGCCAACUCGGCCUGAUGAAACCAUCGAUGCGGUGCUUGGUGAGCUGGAGGGGCCGGAGGGACUGCGUAUCCGAUCUGAGAGUUGCCACAAGUUGUCUAAUGCUGAAUGGCAGGCUUUAUUGGAGGAAGAGGCUAGUGCAAGACACGAGCAAACUGCAAACGCUGAAAUAAGCUUCUACCUGGCCAGCGCUCCAGUUUUGAAAGAGAAGGGACAUCUUGAACUAGGAAAAGCGCCGUUAUUGGGAGAUCGCCCUGUGAGCGUUCUUCAAGCCAAUUACGCUCAGGACUUACAAAAGAUGUAUGACGCUGGUGUGUCCGCUGGGAAUGGCACGGAGACGCAAAGAGCUUACAUGCGUAAACUUAUUUCGGAGACUAACGAAGCCGAGGCAAAGAUGCAAAAGGAAAUGCUGAGAUUGUCUACACGGUCUGUUUUCACUUUCGUUCCAGACAGCGGCCACAGCAUCCACUUCGAGAGACCAGAUGUUAUUGCAGACCAAGUUCGAUGGGUGUUGGAUCAGCUGAAAAUCAAGAAUUAAAUCACGAUCAAUGAAUUAAAAGUUCUCAGCCCAUCUUUUUUGAUAUCUUUUAUUUGCGCCAGUUUCUAUGGCCUCGUGUUCGCUUCUAAAUAGCGCUGAAUAUGCUAUGGAUGUAGGCCUAUCAUACAUUCUCUUUGUGAUUCACUUUGGCUUGUUUCUUGAGAUCAUCCAAACCUCCCACUUCCUUUGCUCGUGCUACUUUCUCUUCGAACGUGCCCACUGCUUUCGCACUGCGCCAUGCCGGAAUGUCGCUUUCAA